AUGCCACCCGAAGAAAGCACGAAGGCUGAGAUACCGUCAGGCUGCCCAAGCCAAGGCAGGAGCAGUCGAGAUGCUGAGGUUGGCUCCGAGCCCUCCGGUCAGCACGCGAAAAGCCGCCAACGUCGAAACUUUGCAGAUUACCCUGCAUCGUCCCCAGUUUUGGUGGACCCAACAACCGCUACAAUCCGACAUCUCAGAGCAAACGAUUGCGUUGCAAUCUCCAAACGUGUGAUAGACUUCGAAGCGAACAAAUACGAAUUAUGCACCCGUAUGCACUCAAUUUAUCCGAAACCUCCAUUGGUAGAAAGCGCUGGCAGCUGGAAUUCA